UGACUGUUGUGACUCUCUGCUCGCAGUGACAGAUCAGGCCUUUGUCACCCUCGCCACCGAUGACGUGUACUGCCAGGGGGCCCUGGUGCUCGGGCAGUCCCUGAGGAACCACGCCACCUCCAGGAGACUGGCGGUGCUGAUCACACCAGAGGUUUCCAGUGGAAUGAGGUCUGCCCUCCACAGCGUGUUUGAUGAAGUGGUCGAGGUGGACGUGCUGGACAGCGCUGACUCGGGCCGGCUGGCUCUGAUGCAGAGGCCAGAACUGGGCGUCACCUUCACCAAGCUUCACUGCUGGACUCUCACUCAGUACAGCAAAUGUGUCUUCAUGGAUGCAGACACGUUGGUUCUUUGCAAUGUUGACGAACUGUUUGAUCGAGAAGAGUUUUCAGCAGCUCCUGAUUCUGGCUGGCCUGACUGCUUUAAUAGUGGUGUGUUUGUCUUCCGACCUUCUCUGAAAACUUAUGACCUGCUGCUCCAGUUUGCUGCUGAGCAUGGCAGCUUUGAUGGUGGCGACCAAGGCUUGUUGAACAGCUUCUUCAGCAACUGGGCAACGGCAGAUAUUGGCAAACACUUACCUUUCCUCUAUAACUUAAGCAGCAGUGCUGUAUACACCUACGUUCCUGCUUUCAAUCAUUUUGGUAGAGAUGCCAAAGUUGUUCACUUCUUGGGAGCGACAAAGCCCUGGAACUACAAAUACAACCUUCAAACAAAGAGAGUUAUGCAGGAUGGCACCACCUCUGGAUCUUUUCAUCAGCUGUCAUUUCUUGCCCUCUGGUGGAACAUAUACAGUGCCAGUAUAUUGCCUUUGUUAAAAAAAAUUCAGCAGAUGGAAGAAUCAGAAUCUGAGGAAUACAAGGAGGAGGUUGCACACUCCAUUUCAGAGCUGUCUAUUCAUUUCAGACCAGAGGAACCGAGUCCAGAGGAUGAACGGAGGAAAUGGGAGGAAGGACGCAUGGACUACAUGGGGAAACAUGCUUUUGAACAUAUCAAAAAGAAACUGGACACGUUUUUACAUUAA